AACAAACAGUUUGUUCCGCCGAUUGACAGAAAAGUCAAAGCACAAAGUUUUCUUUUCGUCUGAAAUAUUUAAACCGGAACUUCGUGUGAAAGACUAAAGAUCGCGGGAGAACUUGUUUCGCCGCAUAGCCUGCUGGGUAAUAUGUAAACGACGGAGCUACGUUGAUUGGCGCUCCGGUGCGCGUGGAGGCAGAAGAUAGAGACAAAAAAGAAAAACAAACUCAAACUGUGGACUUAUCGAGGAAACUGACAACGGGAAGCUGCUGGAGUGUGCAGACAUGUCUGUCUCUCUGUCAGCCGAGAGAGACCGGAUCCAGCGACAGGUGGAGGAGCUGGAACAGAGUCUGUCUGCAACACACACUGAACUGGAGCUGCUGAGCAGUGAGACAGAUGAUGAAUCCGAUGGUGAUGACAUGGAAGAUGAGGCAGAGCAGUCUGCAGCAGGUCUGUUGGCUCAGAGAGAAAAGAUCCAGAAGGAGAUCCAGAACCUGGAGAAUGUCCUGGGACCACACAGUCCUGUCUGUGUGUCAGAUGAUGACAGCAGCAGCAGCGAGGAGAGUGAGCUGGGUCUGUCUCUGUCAGUGGACUCCUGUCUUCAGAUGAACCUCGUCUACCAGCAGGUGGUUCAGGAGACUCUGGACCAACUGGAGACACUACUGACACACAACCACAGACAGCAGAAGGAGGUGAUGUCUCAGCUGACUGGACCAAUCAAAGAGUCCCCCAGGGAACAGCGCCCACCCUCCUCCUGCCAGCAGCCAGUCAACAUGUUCCUGGGACGCUUCCUCAAACCAUACUUCAAGGACAAACUGACCGGACUGGGUCCUCCAGCCAAUCAGGAGACAAAGGAGAAGGCCAACAGGAUGACGUGCUGUCUGGACAACCAGAAACUGAAAGUGAAACGAUGGGAGAGCUGGCAGAAGACUCUGCUGAUCCACUCAGUGGCCAGAGACGGUCUGAGGAGACUCACCCAGCCCAAACUCUCCAAGGUGGACUACCUGAGUCAGAAGCUGUUGUCAGCUGAGGAGACAGACAGGCAGCAGCUCAGACAGCAGAUAGACAGUCUGGAGAGAGAGAUCGACCUGCUCAGAGGGAAGAAGGAGGAGGAGCUGAUUGGUGAUCGAUAUGAAGAACACGAUUGGCAGAAAAUCUCUAAUGUUGAUUUUGAAGGAACCAGGGAUGCGGAGGACAUCCGCAGUUUCUGGCAGAACUUCCUCCACCCGUCUGUUAAUAAGACUCGGUGGAGUCAGGAGGAGGUGCAGCAGCUGAGGGAGGUCAGCAGGAGACACGGAGAGAGACACUGGGAGACCAUUGCUACAGAGCUGGGGACGGGGAGGACGGCCUUCCUGUGUCUUCAGACAUUCCAGCGUUUCGUCUCAGACUCGCUGAGACGCGGCAGCUGGACUCGGGAUGAAGACGCUCUGCUCAGGGAGCUGGUGGACAAGAUGAGAAUCGGAAACUUCAUUCCCUACACGCAGAUGAGUUACUUCAUGGAGGGUCGGGACCCCGCCCAGCUGAUCUACAGGUGGAACCAGGUAUUGGACCCCAGCCUGAAGAAAGGUCCAUGGACCAAAGAGGAGGACCAGCUGCUGCUGCAGGCUGUGUCUUGUCACGGAGAGAAGAACUGGUGGAAGAUCAGGUUGGAGGUUCCUGGACGCACUGACAGCGCCUGCAGAGACAGGUAUUAUGACUGCCUGAAGGCGGACACGAAGAGAGGAGCGUUUGACAAACAGGAGAGGGAGCUGCUGCUGCAGCUGGUGGAGAAACAUGGAGUCGGUCGCUGGGCAAAGAUCGCUGCUGAGAUUCCUCAUCGUUUUGAUGCUCAGUGUCUUCGAGAAUGGAGGAAGCUGAGCAGAUCAGUUCUUCCUCCUGCUCAGCAUUAUGCAUUAACAAGUUUCAUGGGGCAAAGGGGAGCUGAUCAGAAAACUACAGACAGACAGACAGACAGAGAAGAUAACAAAGCUAAAAAAACACAGAGGCGCAAACCAGCAAAAAAGGUUGCCCCAGGCCAGAGGAGAAUCAGGAGGCGAUGGAUGAAACCGAAGGAGGAUGAAGAGCUGGAGGAGGAGGAGGAGACCAGGGAGGAGGAGGAGUUAGUGGUGGAGUACAUGGACAGUGAUGAAGAGGAGAAGAAGAAUAAGAAGAAAAUUAAGGAGAUUGUGGACGUAGUAAGGACUGAGAAGGUAGAGGAGGAGGAGAAGGAAUACACCAUCCCCCCCAUAGAGGAGUGGACACCAGCAGAAAAAUCUCAAUGUUUCACCUUCCUGAGCUUUCGACCGGUCGAGUUACCUUCCUCUGGAGAUGGCCGCAAUGGGAAAUCUGUCCGGUCAACCAUCCUGGGCCAAUUUGGACGCUCUGUGAUCAUCGGACCAUCUCCCAGAGAGCUGCAGCGUGAGAAGCGCCACAGCAGCAGCGCUAUGAUGAUGGUGUCACCGGACCAGCUCCGAGCCCACUUACACCGGCAGGCGCACAAGUUCAACAACGUGAGCUCUGGCCCCCGAGGGAAGGUCCGGACCAGGAAACAGAACCACAACAGACGAGUAACAGACACUGGGCUGGACUGCGAGCUCCAGGCUGCUGUGACACCAUGGAUCGGCAACUUGCUGAUCCCUGCAAAAACUAGACUGACAGUAUCAGAUAUCAUGAGGGAGAAAGGAGAGAAGACCCAGCAGUCCUCAACUCCCAUCUUCCUGCUCCUCCUCCAGACCAUGAAUGUAGACUCUGUAGGCUGUAAGGAGAUGAUAGAGCAGAGGAGAAACAGAGUGGCCUUACUGACACCACCUCCAGACCCUUCCUCUGUCUGGAAGAAGACCCCAAAGACCAUUGCAAGAAUUCUGCAGCAGAGGGAUUGUAAAGAGGACCUGCAGGAGUUAGUCCCGCAACACAAACUGAUCUUGAGCCAGCUUCAGGCACUGCAGCAACAAGAGAAACAGAAACAGCAACAGCUGGUGCUCAAACAGGAAUUACCACAACAACUCAUGCUGCUGCAGCAACCUCCUCUUCCUCAAGCCCCUCAAAUGUCUUUACAGAGUCACCCUGGCACCCUUCUUCAGAUGCCUCCUAAUGUGCAUCCUCAGAUGUCUCCUGCAUUGUUUCCUUUGGCUGUCUUUAUUUCUCAUCCUGUCACACAACCUCACACUACCUCCAUCCAACUCACGCCUCCCUCUUCCCUGACCUCACCCCCUCCAGCUCCAUGCAGACCUCCUCCUGCGGUGGUCAUCACUUCUCCCUUACCUGCUCCUCAUAGACUGAAUGUCCCUCCUGCCUCUGUGGUCGCAGAGCCCUUGAAUACCAAAUCUUCCUGCUCUGCCUCUUUCAGCCAACAAACUGGACCGUUUACUCAAAAUCCCUUGCCCUCUUCACCUGACCAGCAUGUCUCUAUUGGGUCUACAUUACCCAGUCCUGCCCCCACUCCAUCAAGCUCCAUCUUGAAUCCACUCAAAGGGAGGGGGCCACAGUUGACAGAGGAUCAACAGGCUGUUUACAGCAGCCAGAAUGAGGUCGCUUUGGGCGGGGCAGGUAAUGGUGUGAGUGGAGCAUGUACAGGUUUGGACGGGACACACGUGAUCAAGGAAGGAAGAAGGAUUCGUAAGAUGAGUCUGAAGGUCAAAGUUCUGCAGGAAGCCAUCAAAGCCAGGGCUGAAGCCAAGAAGAAAGCUGCUUUGUCACCGCAAAAGAAAGCUCAGAUCCAGAAUAGAAACCCUCCUCAGACUGUGGUCCACGUUCCUCCUCAGCAGGUCUGCCCUGCCCCUGUCCAGCUAAGACCUCAGAGUCCUGAAGGGAUGCUCAGAGCUGCUGUGGUCUCCUCUGCCCUGACCAAAACUGAAGCUUCUUCACUUCUCUCAGCACAAGAAACUUCAUCUCCUCCUCUCAGACUGGACGUCCCUCCUGUCUCUGCGAGCUUGUCCCCGUUGUCCCAAAACACCACACCUGCCCGCUCGGAUAGGACGCAAAAUCACAGUGUUGUCCCGCCCCCCUCCGUACCUACCACUCAGCACACUGCUUCGUCUUUUCCUGCUCCUUUCCAAAAUGAUCACGACUACACUUUUUUAAAACUUGGCCCCACCCACAGUCAACAUCGCUGCGACUCAGUUCAACCAAGCCCUGCCCCCGAACAGCCAGAGCACAAGCACCGUAAAUCUGACCCCGCCCCCCACAAGUCUCCCAAAGCCCCAUCCAGAGGGACGAAACGAGCGAGAAAGGAGGAGCAGCCGGGUGCGUCGAGGAGUCAGGCCGACCAAUGUGUUGGCGGGACAGGCGGCGCGGUGGGUGGGACAGGCACGGCCAUGACACAGAAAGGAAAGAGAGUUCGGAAGCCAAGUCAGAAAGCAAGAGCUCUUCAGGAAGCCACUCAGGCUAAAGAUGAAGCCAAGAAGAAGAGAAUGUCUUCUUCUUCUUCUCCUCAUAAGAAGCGCCUUCGUCCAUCUGGCUGCAAACAGGAAGUUGUCAUUCAGAACCAGCCGGUGGUUCAGCUCCCUGAGUUCUGUUUAUGUCCAGGUCAGUCCAUGUGGGUCAUGACUCCUGGUGGGCUGGUCCAGCUGGCAGAAGCCCCGCGCCAAUGCCUGAAGCUGGCAGUAGCACCGAGCCCCCCCCUUUCAGCUCCACCAGAGAAUAUUUUGAGCCAUCAGUCAUCCACACCCCCUCUGCGACUCACAGCUGCCGGUCCACGAUCAGUCGCACCUCAACCCACCUCUGUGUCCAUCCCCAUAAACCUUCCUGGACUGAAUCAGCCACACCCUCUUCCUGCUCCGCCCACCUGUCCCUCCAAGUCCCUCCCCCCAGCCUUCAUCCUGAAGCCUGUCCCAAAUCCCAGCUCCUCCUCCCUGCCCUGCCGCCCCCAGCCUCGCCCAAAACUCUUCCUGCCAUAUAAGGGCACAGUCAGAGCAGACCCUGCGGCGCCCCCUCCCCUCAGGAGGGAGGCACUGCAGUUUGACCCCUCCCUGAUGUUUCUGGAGCCCCGGGCGGCCGUGUGUGAUUGGCUGAGCGGUCGGGGAGGAGUAGUGGUACCUGGAGCAGGCGUGGCUCUUCCAUACCUGCCACCCUUUAUCAGCAGUCUGAGCACGCUCAGUGCGUUGCUCCAGGCCAGGAAGUCUCUGACGAAAUCGUCCCUGCAGCUACUGUGUCGAGGGUCUCAACCCCGUCACCCCCAAACCAAACCCGAACCUGGCAUCAGCACCAAGAGGACGUCCUGUCAGCCUCCAGACCUGCCAGACUCCACCUCUGACCUCAGACCAGCUGCAGACAAACCAGCUCCCUCUGUCAGCUCUGACCUCCUGCAGGAGGAGGCCGAGGAAGAGGAGCUCGUGGCGGCGGUACGUCAGCUGGUAGCGGAGCGUUUCUCAGAUAACCCCGCCUACCAGCUGCUGAAGGCCCGCUUCCUGUCCUGCUUCACUGUCCCCGCCCUCCUCGCCACAGUGCAGCCAAUCACAAAGAAGACUGUGGUCCACCAAGACAGUGAGGAGGAGGAGGAUGAAGAGGAAGAGGAGGUGAUGGAGCUGAAAAAAAACAAAGAAAGAGGAGAACGGAGAAGAGGAGCCGAGAGAUCUUCGCUGCUGUGUGAUGAGUCAGGAGCUCCAGCCAAUCAAUUCUCAGGAAUCAUGAACUCCAACACACCCACCACCGACCAGACCAGACCGGACCGGACCGGACCAGACCAGCAGAAACCAGACCGCCAGUGUCCAAUGAAAACCAUCAAUGUAAACCUUUAGGUGGCUCGUUGGCAGGUGAACAUUUGUUGAGUCUGCAGAGAUAAACGUGGUGUUUGAGUUUGGAAAUGAAAAAACACGAUGUUUUCAUUCUUCAGUCGGUUUCGUCUGUUGUCAAGUUGAAGGUUUGAGAUUCUUUGAAGGUGAGAUCAACAGGUGCGUUCAAAGACCCUCUGCAGUCUGACGUGUUCUGAUUACUGAGCUCAUGACUCAGCAGCUGAUUCUCAAAUAUCUGAGUGUCCUUGAAUGCACCAACAAGGAAAACAAUAAAGACAGUCAUAUAGAUCUCACGUUUCAGUCUGCAGGUGAACUUCCAUAGAAACGAGGUGAAAGGAAGGAAAUUAAUCUAUAAAUUUAUCCUUUAUAGGAAAAUGAUCAGCAAAGAUGUGAAGGAGAGUUUAAAAAAACAUCUUGGAGGGUUUGCAGCUAGUUGGUAUGUUCAGGAAUCUCAGAAGAAGUUGUAAAGUGAAGACGCUGCACUGAAAAGUUUUUUUUGUUAUUUGUUGUUUCCUGUUUACUUUCUUUACAGAAAAAGUUCAGUAAUUAUGAGCUGAUUAUUUUCUAAUAAAGACAAAGUUCAUGUGA